AUGACCACAGAUAAUGGUUCAAAUAUGGUUUUAGCAAGCUGGCUACUAAAUGAGACAUUUAGUAAAUUACUAAGAUUGAAAUGUACAGACUAUAAAUUGCAAUUGACAAAAAGUUCAACAAGAUUUAAACAAAACAACUUAUAUGGAAAAUGUGAAUGA